AUGUCUGCCUGCAACCAUUGCAAUUCUGCUGCACAGCCUCCAUUUACAUCGGAUGCUGGCAAAGAAGCCGGAACAGCGGUCCCUCAUUCUGAUUUUGCCCGCGAUUCCCGUCGAAGUGGUAGCAUGGAUCAACUACCAGGCCUGCCAUGGGGUGGUGCCCUACAACCCGGCGUAUGGAGGCCAUAUGAGCACCGCAAGCUGGCCAAUCCAGCUCCAUUGGGUCUUUGCGGCUUUGCCACGUCGGCUUUUGUGCUUUCUUGUGUGAACCUCCAAGCCAGAGGCGUCGAGGCGCCAAAUAUUGCGAUACCAAUGGCCUUGAUCUAUGGAGGCUUUAUCCAGAUUUUAGCUGGCAUGUGGGAAAUGGCCGUCGGUAAUACAUUCGGCGCCACAGCCCUCUCGUCUUAUGGCGGUUUCUGGAUGUCCUACGGUAUUCUCCUCAGCCCCCCAUGGAAUAUCAGCAGCCCUGUCAACGGGCCUUACUCUUCAGACGCCGCCCAACUAAACUCGGCUGUUGGUCUUUAUCUCACUGGCUGGUUUAUCCUAACCACGGUCCUCCUUCUUUGCACUUUGCGGUCUACUGUUGCUUUUGUGUUCCUAUUCCUCACGCUUGACCUUGCCUAUCUGUUUCUCGCUUGUGAGAGCUUUGCAAAGAGCGUCGGACACUUGGCCUUGGCUGACAGACUAAGAGUUGCUGGUGGUGUGUUUGGGAUACUAGCUGCAUUUGCCGCUUGGUACAACGCGCUUGCGGGAUUGAUGGAUGACAGUAAUAGUUUCUUCAAACUUCCUGUCAUCUAUAUGCCUUGGAGCGACAAGGCUGGAGGGCUUGGAAAGAAGGAACGUGACGUGGAGAAGCAGCAUCACGCUUAA